AUGAAUAGUGGAGGACGAGUUGGCCUGAGUGCUUCGUCUUCGCGAGAAGAUCCUCCUCGUUCAAGAAACACAUCCGCACGACGAACGUUCUGUAAUCCUCAGGAUGGAGCGAUAGGAGUUUCUCCAUCAACGGCUGUUCGAGGUAAUGGUGGCCGUAGACGUUGGGCCUACAAACAAGAACCGCCACCGCAGGUGACGCACAUCGCAUGUACUCAGAACAAUCAAAACCCUUCUAUUCGUCGACAAAAUUUUUCAAAUAACGGCCGAGAAAUUGGCUACAAGCGAAGGCGUGGACGCCGUAGCAGGAACCAGUCAGAGAUCCACGAUAUUGCGAUCGGCGAUGAAUUUGCUGUUAUUGAGGAGAGGAAUCCACUAGAGGAAAGUUAUCCUUGUUUUCCUGGCUUCGUUUUCGAUCCGACUGCUAGGAAAUAUUUCAGGAUAGCUCCUGAUCACAGUGGGAUCAAUACGUAUACACAAAAAGCGAUUGCAAGAAGUCGACGGGAAAAAGAGCGGUGCGAACAGUUAGCCGCUUGUCGUUCUCAGGAUAGUAUUUCUAGUCGUCUGCGGUCAACUAUUCCAACUAUCACUACGACAUCAUUGGGUUCAUCAGGCGAGCACGUUAAAGGAUGUCAGUUCCUGGAGCUCGUGGGUAACUGCGAUGACUCUAAAGUGCUUGGUUGCUGGGCUAUUGGAGAUGGUUCAAGAAACAGCAGAAAGGCAGCAAAGUUCGCGUGCCUAAGUGUGCGUUUUGACGAUAAUUUAGCGAGGAAAGCUGCCGCGAGCUUGGAAAUGGGUAUAUCUCGUAAUAAUGGCAUCUUCAUAUGUUCAGGGCUGGAGUUUAUUUUGGAUGGAGAGACCGUAGAUGUGGCUCAACCAGUUCUCGUGGACAUGGCAGUGGCUCCUGUUGAUUCCGAUGUGACUUGUGUUUUAUAUGUCACAGCAGAGUCAAGGGUUACGGGACAAGGAAUUUCGUCGAUGUGCAAUGUAGUUUUACAACCGAUGUCUGCAUUAUGUACGGAUGACGAUGAUUUUGAAGUUCGAAAUUCUCCCAUCUACAACAUUCAGUGGUCCGUAGAGUCAUCGGCGAUCUACAGUUGUGCAUGGAACUCUAACAAAACACGUAUAGCUCUAGGUAUGGAAGAGUCUGCAAAGAUUACCGAUGUGAUCACUGAGAAGUCAUUUACAAUAUCAAGCCGUCGUCGAAAUGUGAUUAGCCAACAUUUUGCUCCCGAUGGUAAUUUGAUAUACAUGGGCUUAAGAGAUAGCGAUGUAAUCCUCUCCGAUCUCCGAAUGAAAAGUCAUCAUGUGACAGGAUCACUGAAAGGUUCCCGCUCAAGUGGUUGGAUUCGCCAACUGCGCUCAUCGUACCCUCAGUGCGUCCUCAUAGAAAAUUUCCGAGGAGAGUUAAAGUUGUAUGACUCACGUCGAUGUGAUCGGGAACUAAUGUCAUUCAGCGGUCACAGGAACACUCACUUCCGUCUUCCAUGCACUGUCGAUUGCCAAGAGAAUUUUGUCUUUGCU